AUGGCCACCAAGGAAGCGAGUCAUACUCCUCUGAAGUCUCAUCGGGGGCCAGAGGGACGUGACCCACAACAGGACAAGUAUUUGGUGCUACUGCCCACCCACAGCGAGCGCGAGAACCUACCGCUCAUCGUGUGGCUACUUGUGAAAAGCCUCUCGGAGAGUGAAAUCAAUUAUGAAAUUAUAAUCAUAGAUGAUGGAAGCCCAGAUGGAACAAGGGUCGUUGCUGAACAGCUGGAGAAGAUCCAUGGUUUGGACAAAAUUCUUCUAAGACCACGGGAAAAAAAGUUGGGACUAGGAACUGCAUAUAUUCAUGGAAUGAAGCAUACCACUGGAAAUUGCAUAAUUAUUAGGGAUGCCGAUCUCUCACACCAUCCAAAAUUUAUUCCUGAAUUCAUUAGGAAGCAAAGGGAAGGUAAUUUUGACAUUGUCUCUGGAACUCGCUACAAAGGAAAUGGCGGUGUUUAUGGCUGGGAUUUGAAAAGAAAAUUAAUCAGCCGCAGGGCCAAUUUUAAAACUCAGAUUUUGCUGAGACCAGGAGCAUCUGAUUUAACAGGAAGUUUCAGGUUAUACCGAAAAGAAGUUCUACAGAAAUUAAUAGAAAAAUGUGUAUCUAAAGGCUAUGUCUUCCAGAUGGAAAUGAUUGUUCGGGUAAGGCAGUUGAAUUAUACUAUUGGUGAGAUACCAAUAUCAUUUGUGGAUUGUGUUUACGGUGAAUCCAAGUUGGGAGGAAAUGAAAUAGUCUCUUUCUUGAAAGGAUUAUUGACUCUUUUUGCUACUACGUAAAAGAAAGUUAUUCAUUUAUAUUUAUCAUGUUCAUUUCAAGUUAAACAUAAAGGAAGCCUCAUUGCUGAUUUUUAUGAAAUGUACUCUUAGAGCAUAAAUCAUAGGUAAGGUAAAUUUCAUGCAAAUCUUUUUUUCUGAAGGAAUUCCAUUUUAUAUGUCAAAUUAAAUGAGAAAAAUGAGCAGUGUUCUCAAUUUUCUUUAACAUUUUGCUGUAUUAAGUAAGACCUAUAAAU